ACCCAGCGGUUCCCUGGGGCUCAACCCCGGCUCGGAGGCUCCUCCUGCUCUCGGUGCGAGGCGGACGCAGCCGCCAGCCCCCCCCGGCCCCGGGGGCGGCCCCUGUGUGGCGUCGUGGGUCGCCAGCAUCGACCUGGCCGAGAACGAGGACGCCAGCGUCAACGUGGUGGUGAGGGCGACAGAGUCCUUCCCCGAGCAGGCCGAGCAGGUGACAGCAGAGAUUGGGAAGCUUCUUGGUGAAGAAAAGGUGGAUGCAAUCUUGUGUGUUGCAGGAGGAUGGGCUGGAGGCAGUGCCAAAGCUAAAUCUUUGUAUAAGAACUGUGAUCUGAUGUGGAAACAGAGUGUUUGGACAUCCACUAUUUCCAGUCACUUAGCCACAAAACAUCUGAAGGAAGGAGGUCUUCUGACUUUGACAGGAGCUCAAGCUGCUUUGUCUGGAACUCCAGGGAUGAUUGGCUAUGGCAUGGCCAAAGGAGCAGUGCACCAGCUUUGUCAGAGUUUGGCUGGUACCAAUAGUGGCUUGCCAUCUGGUUCUGCUGCUGUUGCUGUUUUACCGGUUACCCUGGAUACGCCAGCAAACAGGAAAUCAAUGCCUGACGCAGAUUUCAGCUCCUGGACAUCCUUAGAAUUCAUUGCCGAAACCUUUUAUGACUGGAUAACAGGAAAGAAUCGACCGAAUUCAGGGAGUCUAAUCCAGGUGAUAACUACAGGAGGGAAGACUGAACUAGUUCCAGCACAUCUUUGAUGUCAGUCACUUAAGACGGUGAAACUUCAGCAAAGGAGAAGCUGUGGAAAGUCUGACUGCCAGCAUAAUUUGGAUGGUCUUAUGUAUCCAGUAAUUGUAAUCAUGUCGUUAUUGGAACCAAAUCUGAAGUAGUGUUUUUGUGCUGUCUGUUGUGAGCUGUCUGCAAUUAUUUACUGACAAGUACUACGUACUUGUCCCUAAAUAAAAGUUGCGGGCUUUAAAGUCUGUAGAUGUUCAAAUCCUGAGCAUUAUGUGAUGACUUACACGUUUUUUUUUUCUGAAAUGGGAAUUGUGCUUAUGUUGUGUAAUCACACAUGUAGUGGUUGGAUUCUUUUCUCAGCCGCUGCUUCUGGCAAUUUAUUGUGAAUCUUCCAGGAGUCUUUUUCUUCUUUCUCUGCCUGGGAACAUAGCCCCAUCCCUGCGUAUUAUGUUGGCUGUAACUGUAGGAAACAUGGUGAUCAUAUAUCCUUGUCUUGUAACACUUUUCUUGUGAAUGUUCCACUGGAGUUAAUGGAACUGUAUAGAGAUGGCUUACUUGAGAAGGACUUCCUAAUUUGCCUUAGUUUAUAAGCUGCUAUCAGGCCUACAGUUGUAGGAUAAAACAGUGGUUUUGCCGAAUGUCUCUGCUUGUUCAAAAAGGAAGGAACUGCAAUGACUAACACAAAGUGCUAUAAAGUACAAAGAAAAAAAAAAAAAACACUUCUAUUUGAACGUGGACUUUUGUGCUAAAUAAAUGUAUAUUGUUUUACA